GGCUCCUCGCACCUCCCCCAGCAGCUCAAGUUUACCACCUCGGACUCCUGCGACCGCAUCAAAGACGAGUUCCAGCUCCUGCAGGCGCAGUACCACAGCCUGAAGCUGGAAUGUGACAAGCUGGCCAGCGAGAAGUCCGAGAUGCAGCGUCACUACGUCAUGUACUACGAGAUGUCCUACGGCCUGAACAUCGAGAUGCACAAACAGGCGGAGAUCGUCAAGAGGCUGAAUGGCAUCUGUGCCCAGGUCCUGCCCUACCUCUCCCAGGAGCACCAGCAGCAGGUCCUGGGGGCCAUCGAGAGGGCCAAGCAGGUCACCGCCCCGGAGCUGAACUCCAUCAUCCGGCAGCAGCUCCAGGCUCACCAGCUGUCGCAGCUGCAGGCGCUGGCGCUGCCCCUGACGCCCCUGCCCGUGGGGCUGCAGCCGCCGUCGCUGCCGGCCGUGAGCGCGGGCACCGGGCUGCUGUCGCUGUCGGCGCUGGGCUCCCAGGCUCACCUGUCCAAGGAAGACAAGAACGGACACGAUGGGGACACCCACCAGGAGGAUGACGGCGAGAAGUCCGAUUAGCCGGCGGCUGGGGCGGCCGGGAACAGGGCGGGUGGGGAGGGGAAACUGAGGCACAGAGAGACAGGAACGCAGAGCGCCAGACAGCUUAGCUCGGGAUUGGCGACACUGGUAGUAUUUAUGGUCACCGCCGCCGCCGGCUGCUUGCUAGCCACCCCCUAGGUCCCCCCAGCCAUCCCCAGCUCCCCCACUCCCCCCCCUCCCCCGCCUCGAGGCAAGCUGAGGGCUGGCCGGCGUCGGGACCCGCCCCCGCCCCACGGGGAGCAGAGCAAAACCUCUAGGACCCCAGCACCCCACGCACCCCCGUCGCACACAUCAGACAGUCUGCCCCCAAGUGGGCCCUCGGGACGAAGCUACAGCGCCCACCCUGGCACUGCAUGUACUCAAUGCUACCAGCCCCUCCCCCGCCUGGGCACCCUGACUCUGACCCCACCCUGGGACCACCUCUGCUCCCCACACCUGCUCCAGUAGCCGGAGUCUCCCCCAGCCCACCUGCCCUCUGCCCUCACCCACGGAAGAAGGGGUCAGAGCUGGGCGUGGUGGCGCACGCCUGUUGUCCCAGCCCUCUGGGAGGCUGAGGCAGGAGGCUCUCAAAGUCCAGCCCAACCUCGGGCAACCUAGUGACUUAAAUGAGAGCCUGUCUCAAAAUAGGAACUACACAAGGGCUGGGGAUGGAGCUCAGCCCAGAGGCUCUGGGUUCGAUCCCCAGUACUGAAGGAGGGAAGUGAGUCUAGCUGGGACCAGCAGGGUGGGGGCAGUGCCCCAGGGAUUUCCUUCUCCCCUUCCCAAAUAAAGAUGAGGGUACUAAAGUU